CAGAUAAAAGUUCCAAGAUGCCGGGGCGGUCAAACUCAGGUUCCACUGGCUUCAUCUCCUUCAGUGGCGUAGAAUCUGCCCUCUCCUCCUUAAAAAACUUCCAGUCCUGUAUCAGCUCCGGAAUGGAUGCCGCCUCUCACGUGGCUUUGGAUCUUGUGGAGACUCAGACUGAAGUGAGUAGUGAAUACAGUAUGGACAAGGCGAUGGUUGAGUUUGCUGUAAUGGAUCGGGAGCUAAAGGCUGUCCAGUCUGCAAUAAAUCAUGUCAAAGAAGACCGUCCAGAAAAUGUACCAGAUUUAAAACUACUGGUGGAAAGGAAAUUUGUGGCAUUGCAGAAUAAGAAUUCUGAGGCAGACUUUCAAAAUAAUGAGAAGUUUGUGCAAUACAAGCAACAGCUGAAAGAACUUAAGAAGCAGUAUGGCCUUCCAGCAGACAGAGAGGCGGAUGGGACAGAAGGAGUUGACGUAGAUAUGAUUGUCACCCAAAGCCAGACCAACUUCAUCUGCCCUGUCACACAGUUGAAAAUGAAGAGGCCAGUAAAAAAUAAAGUCUGCGGCCACACCUACGAAGAGGAGGCCAUUGUCCGCAUCGUGGACUCCAAGCGCCGGAGGACCAAGAAGGCCUGUUGCCCUAAGAUCGGCUGCAGCCACACGGACGUGAGGAUGUCAGACCUGGUCCGGGACGAGGCGCUCCGCAGGGCCAUAGAGAGCCGCCACAAGAGGAGAAGCCGGUGUGUGGAGUAG